AUGUUUGGCUCAUUUGGACUCAAAUUCAAGAUAGGAAUUGGGUUGAUAUCAUUAUAUACAUCAUUUGAAGUAUAUCUACAUUUAAGAACAUAUUACCUCAUAGAAUCCAGAAAAAAUGAAUAUCAAAAAUUAAAAAUUACAGGUAACAGUAACGACCUUGAUUAUAGGAAAUUCAAAUCUUCAACUAUUGCAGGAAUGUUUGUAAAUCCAUUUGAAGAAUAUAGACCACAAACUGCAUUUGAAUUUUUAUUAGUCAGAAUUAUGGAGCUUUGUGAAUCAAUAUAUGGUAAUGCAUUUGAGAAACAUAAAAAAUUACCAAAUCCUCAUAAUGGACAUAUUGAAAUUGAAGAUGAAUUAAAAUCUUUUAAACCGGAUUUGGAAAGAUAUAGAAAUAAUUCAAAAAUUUUACAAGAAUGUCUUAAGACGAAUAAUUUUCAAUCAUUAUUUAAUUCUAAAGGUUGGUUUUUGAAAACUGAUAUAAGUAUACAUCAACAAUUAUUAUUCACUUGGUUGGGUCAAUCAUGUACAUUAUUUCAAAUAUCAGGUAUUAACUUUUUAACAGAUCCAAUAAUAAGUAAUCAUUUAAUUACUCCAAAUUUUGGACCAAAAAGAUUAACAAAAUCACCAUUAGAUUUAGAAGAUAUUAAAUACGCAACAAAUAACAAAUUAGAUUUUAUUUUGGUUUCUCAUGAUCAUCCAGAUCAUUUGGAAAUGGAUUUGGUUAGUAAAAUUAGAAAUGAUAGUACUUGGAUAGUACCGUUGGGAUUAAAACAAAAAUUUGCUCGUCGAGGAAUUCAUAAAGUAAUAGAAUUAGAUUGGUGGGAUAAAUUAGAUAUAACAAAAUAUAUAACAACCGACAAAAAUUUUCCUGAUAAAUAUGAAAUUGAAUGUGUCCCAUCAAUGCAUUGGUCAGGAAGACAUGUAAUAGAUUCAAAUACUUCCCUUUGGUGUUCAUUUAUUUUAAAACGUAAUGGUGAAUCCUUGAUUUAUCAUGCUGGUGAUACUGGUUAUCUGAAAGAAUUAUUUGAUAUCAUUGGAAGAAGAAGUGGUCCAAUAACUUUAGCAUUAUUACCCAUUGGUCAAUAUUGUCCAAGUUGGCAUCAAAAACCAAGACAUAUUUCUCCAGAAGAAGCUUUAAAAAUAUGUGAUCAAGUUUCUGCUAAAUUUAUGAAAGGAAUACAUUGGGGAACUUUCAAAUUAAGUGGUGAACCUAUACUAGAACCAAAAAAUUUGUUAGCUGGUUUAACAAAAAAUUUGGGGAAAUCUGAUGUAUAUAAAGUACCUGAAUUUGGUUUAACUUAUUUAUAUGAUUUAAAUAAGGAUAAAGAAAUUGAAUUGCAUUUAUAG